GAUCCCGAGGCUGCGCAAUGACUGACUGAGGCGAGACCACCGCACAACUGGUCAGUUUAUUCUAGUCAACUGUUAACCAUACAUAGCAACAACGGGGAACUCCUUUUAUACUCGCUGUCAACGUCUUAACCAAUCAGAACUGUUAGAACUUUGCUGCCCUCCACUAGGGGGAGCAGACCGCGGGUAGAACUUAAUACACAACACCCGCCCCUCUCGGUUUGCGCGAGGCUUCAGGAGAAGUUGAGGAUCGGGGCCAGGAUGGCUCUACGCUCUGCGCCCUUCCUGCUCCUGGUGUUGGUGGCGGUCGCCCUACGAGAGAGCUGCUUCGGUUUCUCCUCCCACUCCCUGAAGUAUUUCUCCACCGCCAUCUCAAAGCCCAGUCAGGGGCUGCCCCAGUAUAUCACUCUGGGGUUUGUGGACAGUCAGGUCUUCCUUCACUACGACUGCAAGAGCCGCAAGAUGCAACCUCGAGUCUCCUGGAUAGAGAAGGUGGGGAAAGAGGACCCCCAGUACUGGGACAGAAAGACCCACAGAGAACGUGGCCAUGAGGAGGCCUUCAGAAAUCACCUGGAGUUUCUGAGGACUCUCUACAAUCAGAGCGAAGAUUUUCACACUUUUCAGUUGAUGUCUGGCUGUGAGCUCCGGGGGGACGGGAGCAAAGGAGGGUUUGAGCAGUAUGGCUACGACGGGAGGACCUUCGUCACCUUCGACAAGGAGACCCUCACCUGGGUGGCUCCCGACCCCCAAGCCCAGAUCACCAAGAGAAAAUGGGAUGCUAUUCCAGGAUGGAAUCAGGGAAGGAAGGCCUACCUGGAGGGGGAAUGCAUUGAGUGGCUGCGGAGGUACCUGUCUUAUGGGAAGGAAACCCUGCUGAGGACAGAUCCCCCAGUGGUGACAGUGACCAGAAGGACAGAGGCCAAGGAUGGGAUGGAGACGCACAUCUGCCGCAUGGAUAACUUCUACCCCAGGGAGAUCGAUGCCUCCUGGACGAGGGAUGGGGAGGUGUGGCUACAGGACACCCUCCAUGGAUCUGUGGUCCCCAAUGCGGAUGGGACCUACCACUACUGGCUCAGCAUCCAGAUCGAUCCCAAAGAGAGGGGCCGCUAUCGGUGCCACGUGGAGCAUGACGGCCUGCAGGAGCCUCUGGACGUGGCCAUAAAGGAAUCCAACCUGGCGCUCAUCAUCGGCUGCAUUGUGGCUGCUCUUGCCCUGGUGUGUGUGAUUGUUGGGACUUUGAUAUUCUUCAGCGCCUCCUCCCACUCCAUGAAGUAUUUCUACACCGGCAUCUCGGAGCCCACUCAGGGGCUGCCCCACUUUGUCGCUCUGGGGUUUGUGGAUGAUCAACUCUUCAGUUACUACGACAGCCACAGCCAGAAGCUGCAGGCUCGAGUCUCCUGGAUGGAGAAGGUGAGGAAGGAGGAUCCCCAGUACUGGGACAGAAACACCCGGAAUUUUCGUGGCACUGAGGAGGUGUUCAGAGAAGGCCUGGAGAUUCUGAGGAGUCGCUACAAUCAGAGCGAAGGCCUGCACACAUGGCAGAACAUGUAUGGCUGUGAGCUCCGGGGAGACGGGAGCAAAGGAGGGUUUGACCAAUAUGGCUACGAAGGGAGGACCUUCAUCACCUUCGACAAGGAGACCCUCACCUGGGUGGCUCCUGUCCCCCAGGCCCAGAUCACCCAGAGGAAAUGGGAUGCCGAUCCAGGAAUGACUCAGGGAAACAAGGCCUACCUGGAGAAAAUCUGCAUUGAGUGGCUGGAGAAGCACCUGUCCUAUGGGAAUGAGACGCUACUGAGGAGAGAGACCCCAAAGGUGACGGUGAGCAGCAGGACAGAGGUGGAGGAUGGGAUGGAGACGCACGUCUGCCGAGUCCAUGGCUUCUACCCCAGGGAGAUCGAUGCCUCCUGGACGAGGGAUGGGGAGGUCUGGCUACAGGACACCCUCCAUGCGUCUGUGGCCCCCAAUGCUGAUGGGACCUAUCACGACUGGAUCGGCAUCCGGAUCAGUGCCAAAGAGAGAGACCGCUAUCGAUGCCACGUGGAUCAUGACAGCCUGCAGGAGCCUCUGGACUUGGAACUGAAGGAACCAACCAAUUCAAAAUCCAACCUGGGGCUCAUCAUUGGCUGCGUUGUGGCUGCUCUUCUCCUGGUGUGUCCGAUUGUUGGGAUCCUGGUAUUCUUCAAUAUACGUCAGGAUGGCUACCAAGCAACGCCAAGGGACGCUCCCAGCAGAAAGAAAGAAGAAUAAAGGGGGAUGAGCCUUCUUCUGAAUUAGGCCGGACUCUUAGCAGGAGCCCUUCAGGCCCUUCCUGCAUGCUGGAACCAGGAUGGAUUUUGGGUCUUUCAUUAUUGCUUUUAUCAUUGAAUCAGUAACCUUUUUUUAAUUAUGAUUGAGGAUCAGAGGAGAAAAGAAUAUAUUAUGUGUUACUAAUUGUGGAAUCAAAAGAUUUCAAAUUGGGUUUUGUAGAUCAUAGUUUCUAAUAGGAAGGUUGCCUAACAGCCUUAAUGGGCUUUUGCUGAUUAGUCUGCGUGGAUGGAGAUUAGAGGUUAAAGAUGAGGUUUUAGAGAUGGGUUUAUAGAGAAUGGAGAACGAGGAAUAGGAUGAAGAGUUCAUUGGUUUUACUUUAAGAAAGAUUUAUAAAUUGUUAAUUUUCAUUAUAUUUUCAUUAUAGAUAAAGAUGGAGGGUUUUUUUCUUUUUUUCCUUGUGUUAGUUUUAUCUGUUUAAUCUUCAAUAAAACUAUUACUAAGGGAAAUGUGCAUUUUGAAAUUAUUUGACCAUAUAUUUGAUAACACAAAGUUUGACAAAUAAUCACUAUACCGAGUGUAACAUCCAACACUGAUUUUUUAUAGAUUGCCAAUUAAGGAUUUUCAUGAUUUAGAAAAAUGGAUCAUGAAAUCAAUUCUCAGGCUGCUGCCUCCUUAACAAUGGCACAUCUUUUGUAAAUUUGCCAAAAUUGGUGAAAAUAAAUGGUUUUGUUUUCAUCUUA